AUGUCAACUCCUGCGGUGCAUUUGAAAGGGCUAGUUGGCCGUCCAUCUUCUGCUCAACUUGGGGCACCUGCAGCUGUGCCAAUGAAGGACCACAUGUCAUUUCUGCGGGCUCUCAGCAGCAAUCCCAAAUAUCUACAUUUCGUUGAGGGCCUGAGAGACUUGCAAAAGGAACAAGCCUCCAAGCAUCCAGAAGGAUGGCCUAGCUGGGCAACGUGGUCUUGGGAAAGAUCAUAUCUUCCCAAUGCCCUGCAUGACUCGGAUAAUGAACUACUCAAGUUCUUGCAGCUCGUCAAAUCUACCAAGGUCUCUUCUUUUGCUUCGGCCAUGCGAGUAGCACUUGGUCUUGGGAUGCUGGUGAGGGAAUGUAAGCGAGUCAUUGAGUAUGAGGCAGACGAGGCCACCCCCGACAUCCCCUCUUACAUUAGCACGUCGGUCUUGGAUAUCAAAUGCCUUGAUCUCAUUUUGGAGACGGUCAGCACAGCUAGAGGAGAAGUAGUCCGCUUAUCUAAGGCGAGGGUGGGCAAGCAGCCUCAGGAGGUUGCUGGCAUUGAAGGAGACAGACCUGGGAAUAUUGCUCAGAAUGCAGCAGAUGGAGGACAGAAGGUGCAGGAGGAUACGGUUGAACAGCAGCAGGAGAUGAAGUUGCUGGAAGAGGAGAGGGAAAAGAUGGUCAUGCUGAAGGAGGAAAUGCUGGAAAAAGGUGCAAAACCAGAGACGCACCAUGUUGACAAGGGGCAUGAAGAUCGUGCUGAUGUUGAGGAGCAGGAGAAGGACAGAGAAGAACAGGUGGUAGAGAAGAGGACAAAAAGACGCAAGUUGGAGGCAUCAGGAACUUCUCACAAGAAGUCCAGGACUGAUGAUAUUCGCCGAUCUUCCAGAGCCAGACAACCCUCCAAGAAGGCCUUACGCAAAUGA